AUGGCGGCGCCGCUCCUCUUCUACGACCUCAGCCUCCUCCCGUCCUCCUUCUCCUCCUCCGGUGACGGCGGCGAUGGCAACUCCAACUCCUCUUCCUCCUCCCGCCUCCAACUCUUAGCCGCCACGGCGCGCGCUCUCGAGCUCGGCUACGCCGCCGUCGCUCUCGACCACCCCCACCGCGGCCUCCUCGCCGACUCCCACCGCUGCCGCACCGAGCCUUUCGCGCCCCUCUCCUCUCUCCCGCUCCCAUCCUCCGCCGCUCUCCAUCGCCGCCGCCUCGCCUCCCCCGCCUCCGAGCCCUUCCGCCAGUACACCCGCAUCACCCUCUCCCUCGAUUCCGCUGCAGCCACCGCUUCCGCGCUCGCCCCCUCCGCCUCCCGCCUCCUCCGCACCUACGACCUCGUCGCAGCCCGCCCCCUCACCCAGGCCGCAUUCGAUCACCUCUGUCAGGCACCCCUCUCAGCUCAACACCUUGAUCUCAUCUCCAUCGAUUUCUCCUCCCACGGUAAGCUGCCCUUCCGCAUCAAGCCCCCAAUGCUCAAGCUUGCCCUGCAAAAGGGGCUGCAUUUCGAGAUUUCCUACUCCCCACUCAUUUCUACUGACGUCAAUGCCAAGAGGAACCUCAUAGCUGAAGUCAAGCUUUUGGUGGACUGGACUAAAGGAAAAAAUCUCAUCAUCUCAAGCGCUGCUCAUACUGCUUCCCAGAUCAGAGGCCCCUAUGAUGUCAUCAACCUAUCUGCUUAUUUACUUGGCAUUCCCAUUGACCGAGCAAAAGCUGCUAUGUCCACAAACUGCAGGUCACUUGUUUUCAAGGCUAUAAGGAAGAAACACUUCUACAAAGAAACAAUUAGAGUUGCCAGACUAUUACCAAAUGAAGAGUUGACUUCAACAAAAUUCAAGCUUGCUGAUUGGAUUGGUUGGAAUUCUGUAUCGUCUGAAGUAGGAGCAAAUCAGCUGGAACCUUCUUCCAACCUUGAUGAACUUCCUGGUUCACCCAUAUGUGGUGUAAUAGAAGGUUCACACGAAAAACCUCACAAUCCUGAUAUGUCUGUCUUUGCUAAACUGUCAGAACAACCUAGUGAUCAAGAUCAAAUCCCAUCCGAAACUCAAGAAGAGACACUACAAGUUGACAGAACUGAAGUCCUGACAGAUUGUGGCCAAUCUAUCUUGCCAGCAUCUUUCAAUUAUCAGAAUGCUAUACUUGAGAAGGCCGAAAACAAUGAAGUUUUUGUGAAUCCUUUUGUGCAGCCUGGUACAGGUUGUUUUGCUGACCCAAAAAUUAACUCCAAGCAUGUUGAAUUCGUGCAGGAUGCAAUGGAAGUAGAUACAAUAGAAUCAUGUAGGCCAAAACUCGUUGUCGGUGACAAUAUUCCUUCAACCUCUGAUACUAGUGCGAAGCUAGCAUGUUCUGCUCUUCCCCAUGGCAUAGAGCUUUCUGGUACUAGUCUUGAGGAUCAGGGGCCAAGUCACUCUAGUGAAAUGCUAGCUAAUGAUAAGUCUUAUAUGAAAUAUCACACUGAUUGCACCUCUGGUGUGAGUGAGGUUCAUGAAAUUUCUUCUGGUGCUGAUGUUUGGCCUGAGGACAAGGAUUCAGACAGGUCUAAUGGAAUGCAAGCUGAUAAUGUGGCUUGCAGAGGUACUUCGGAACCACUGGAGUGUCCCCUAUGUGGGGUAGAUGACAAGGCACCAUCCGAUCUUUCAUUUCACUCAAGUCAUGAAUUAUGCAGGGAUGUUAUAAUUCAGCCGAAAGUUAUGGAGGGAAAAGUAGAGCAAAGUAGGGAUGAAAACAUAGUACAAACUGUGGAAAAUGAAGCAGAAUCUGUUGACACAAAAACAAGAACAUCUAUUUCAGUGGAACCUGCGUCCCAUGGUCAGGAGAUCAGCUCAACUAUUCAUACAAGAAGCACUGGUGCAAGCUGUGAAAGUGAUGAGCUGAAAGAACAGAAUUCUAAGGACAUAAAUGCUUAUUUGGAUAAAAGUAUUGCUAAAACACAUGAGCUACUUCUAAAAUUUCCUUAUCCAAGUGGUAAGGCUGGGAUGUCCACAGUCAGAUCAGAAAAGCGAAGACAUAAACUAAGGCCGCACCAUCCGGCUUAUCUUCCUUUCUUGGGCUUCCUUCGGUCCGUUUGUUUCAAGAAGAAAAUAUGCAAAGUAGUUACAUUCUUACCAAGUAUUGUUGACUUUAUUGUAAAUGGAACAGAAACAUUUGGCUGCAUGCUUGCUCAUGAAGUGUUCUGUCAUGCUAACGCUGAACGCUGA